CGCAUUACUGUCCAAAUGACAAAUCCUAUGGGGCUACGAAGACAUGCCAGAAAAACGAUCUGUCUAUAUAAUACUCAGCAAUUUAUUGCUUCACACACUAAAUGUUAUGGCCAUCACAAAUAGUUUGCUUCAUGGCGAAAUUACAGAUAUUGAAACAGAUAUUGGAUUGAACGAAAAUAAAGAUGAACUGCAACUAAAACUAAGUUGGAAGGAUAAUUUGCCAAAUGAUACUUCCUAUAAUGUCAUCGUCACUGCUGUAAACAGUACUGAAUGUUAUGAAAUGCCUUGCAGUUUAUAUGGAAUUCCAAAGCCUAAAGACUUUAUAUUAAUACCUGAAAAUCCAAUUAGUUACUUGGAUAUUGUGGAGUGUAGAUACAUGUUCGGAUGCAAUUAUACAUUGGUGGUGGAAAAUUCCAACGCAGUAGUAUCUAAACGACAACUAUUAACAAUUCCAUAUUGUGUAUCAGGUGUGUGCUCGUGUCAGCAUCAGAGUACGCUGCCAAAAGUAAAUACGGUGGGAUUGAUAUUUAACAAUCACACCAUUCAUUUGAAGUGGUCCCUAGCAAGCGACGAAGAAAUAUUUAAGAAUAUUCAACUCAAAAAGAUAUCAAUCAUCAUUAACGAACAAACUAAUCCAUCAUUAUCAUGGGGAGGUAAAAAUCUACCAAUUUUGGAAAAAAUUUAUCCAUUAACAAAUUACAUGUCGAAUGCAUCUUCAUCAUUGUCCAAUCGAAUACAACAGGGCAUGUUUAAAAUCGAAAUUAAUCGUGAUUUAACACCUGGAACAGUUUUAAAUAUACACUCGAAUGUUAUUGAUGAGUUAGAGUGUCUGGGACCGUCGAAUGUAAUAAAAUUGAAAGUGCCAUCAAGUGCAUUAAAUUCAUUAGCAAAUGAUGAUCAUGAUGUUGAUAAUAAAAAUUCCAUUGAUGACAAUGUGAGAUUGGCGUUAAUUUUGGUCUCUGCGUCGUUUAUUACUGCAAUAAUUGCAGUUUUUAGCUACUAUGUUUGGAUUAAACACAAAUCAAAGCAAACCAAUGAGGUUGAAGUUAAUGGCGAAUUUUUACCAACGGCAAUCCCAAUGGAAAACAAUAUUAAUUACGUUCCAUAUAUUGAGUUUCAGAUGGUACAAAGAAAUAGUCAAUUUGAAAUAGCUCCCGGUGAUAUACACAUUGAAGCUGAAAUCGGAGAAGGAGCCUUUGGUCGCGUUUUCAGAGCUACAGCUGUAAAUUUAUCACAAGUACAGAGAGGCGAGCUGGUUGCUGUUAAACAACUUAAGAAAAUGUCAACUCAAGAAGAGGAAAGUGAAUUUUUAAAAGAAAUAGAAAUGCUACAAAAUGUUGGAAUGCACAGCAACAUAGUUCGAUUUUUAGGAUGCUGUACACUUGAAAGGCCAUAUUUUAUGGUAAUGGAGUACGUUGGUCGGGGCGAUUUGUUAUCAUAUCUACGUAAAGUACGUGAAGAAAGUACAAAGCUUAUCAAACAAAAUGCCAAUUAUAAGAAUUUAGGAUCUUCUGUAAGAACUUCUGGACAAAAUGAUGUUAAAUUGAAAUAUUUGGAACUAAAAAUGACCUCUACACAGUCCGUUGACAGUGAAAAUGAAUCAAUGGCGCGCGUUCCCAUACCAUCAUUUGCUGAAACCACAUAUACGGUUAUCAACGAUGAAGACGAUGCGGACACGAAAAUUUUUGAAUAUCGGUUGGAUAAUAAAGAACUUUAUGAUUUCGCUCUACAAAUUGCAAAUGGAAUGAGAUUUUUGGAGGAACAAAAAAUUACUCACCGCGAUUUGGCUGCACGUAAUGUACUGAUCGAUGAUAGAAAGACGUUAAAAAUUUCAGAUUUUGGUUUAUCUCGCCAUGACGUAUACGUUAAUACCAAAGUUAGAAAGUUGCCACUGAGAUGGCUUUCAAUCGAAGCAAUACUUGACAAUAUUUAUACAAAUAAAAGCGAUGUCUGGGCUUAUGGUGUGGUUUUAUGGGAAAUCGGCACAUUAGGAGCGUCUCCAUAUCCCACAUUAAGUAAUCAUGAGCUGGUAAAGUUUCUGAAAAUGGGAGGACGUUUAGAAAAACCCGAUAUUUGUACUGAACAAAUCUACGAACUUAUGUUGAAAUGUUGGAGUGAAUUUUGUGACGAAAGACCAUCGUUUGAAGAGAUUUACACAAUAUUAAGCGCCAGCAGUGCUUACAUCGAUAUUAGUACUUUAAGUGAUGACUACGUAUUUCCACCCAUUAAAGAUAAUGAUUAGUUCCGUAUAAUAUUCCUAAUUUUUUAGUGCUACAAUUAAUUAUAAUAAGAAAACAAAAUAAUCGUACAAAAUUUCACUUUUAUAAAGUGUUUCAUAGGUAUAGUACAUAAAAAUAGUACAUACAUACAUACAUAUGUAGUUAAUAUUAAUAAUUAAUGGCAUGGAGGGCUUUACUCCGCAGUUUGGAAUAGUAAUCCCUUAAGUAUACAAGUAUAAAUACCUGAGUAUUUGGUUAGUAAUUAAAAAUGAAUCAAUUCUACAUAUUUCAAAAUUUAUAGUAUUAAAUUUAUAGUUUUACUCAUUCCGCAACUUACCAUAAUAUUAAGGAAAACGUGCAUGUGUAUAUGUAUUAUUUACCAGCAAAACUAAAAUGUUUAAAAAUAAUAAUAAA